AUGAAUCUCGUUUUCCUUUUUACAUGUUCGCUCUAUGUGCCAAGUACAACAGCAUGGUUACCAAGAUCAAUUGCAGGGAGCGUGCCAACAAGACUGGGAGAUCCGUCCAUCACAAAGUUGAAAUCAAGUCUUCAUGUAGAAUCAAACAGUCUUGGAGGUGUCCCUUCCUUUGAGAGCUGGUUCCAAAGAGUUGAAGGGACGAACGCGAAGGAAGGCCUUUCUCAUACAGCCUUUGGAAACUUGAGGGGACUGACGUAUGCAUCUUACGGUAGCGAUAUCAUCACAAUACCGAAAUCAAUUGUGCUUGACAGUGAUUUUACUCAACCUGAUUGGGAUGCUCAAUUAGCAUCGAAGCUUUGGGCAGAAUGCAAAAAAGGACCAUCAAGCAUGAUAUCUGGUUAUGUAGAUCUUUUGACAAAUUCUCAAUGGACAGCAGCUGAUCUCCCAUCCAUGCCUCCGAGUACAGCUCCCGACGCACUGAGACAUUGGACAGAAGGUCAACUGAAGGUCCUCAAGGAAAAUCCCGCUGGUGAAAAACUUCUCGAUCUUAUGCAACAGCAGGAGCAAAUUUGGAAGUCUAAGUUUGCCACAGCUGGUAGCGAUAUAUCAUGGGAGCAGUUUCAAUGGGCAAUGGAAGUGGUUCAUUCUCGAGCAUUCUGCGGGGACUUUGGUGUCAAUAGUGGUAUUCCAAAAGCAGUGCUACUGAGUCUCCCAGUCCUGGCUGGGAUCGUGGGAUACUGCUACUCAGUCGUCCUUCAUGGACAAAAUGAUAUCGUUUUGGCUCUGUUAUCCUUGGUUGCUGGGAUUCCAGUAGUUUUGAGUGCUCUAACGAAGGACUCUCAGGUGGCAGUUCUACUCCCUUUAAUUGAUUCUGCAAAUCACCAGGAGGAUGCAGACUCAACGAUUAACUACAGCCAGGUCGGGGAGUCGUUCAACCUGUCCGUAGGAGAGACAUGCAUAGUUGAAACGAAUGGGGAAAAGCAGCUAUUCAUCUCCUAUGGAGAGAAGAAGGACACCGAGUUGCUAUUGAAUUAUGGCUUCCUCCAAGGGGUUGAUGUCUCUGACAGUUGUUCGGAUGUACGAAGACAAAAGCUUGCAGAAAAAUUCUUGAGUCGUCAAAAAUAG